UUCCAGCAGUUUGGUCAGUUGCGAUUUUACCGCCAGUACACGAGGUGUCGCCCUGUAACUUAAUGUUGCUUGCGAACACGCUGUUAAAGUGGGGGAAAGUAAGAACACAGCUGGGCUCGGUCACUGGGAGUAAACACACAAGCCAGAGAUGAAGUUCACGUAGCGUUCAAGAGUUCCUCUGGUGUUUUCGGAACACUUUACUCUCUUGUGAAUAAUGGCUCAAGGUGUGAUGGGUAGUCCGGUUACCCUUGUCAUCAGGGCGCCGAACCAGAAGUAUGACGACCAGACUAUUAACUGCUUCCAGAACUGGACCGUAGAGAAACUGAAAGCCCACUUGUCAGAUGUGUACCCGAGCAAACCUAGCUCCAAAGACCAGAGACUGGUGUACUCCGGGAAGCUGCUUUUGGAUCAUUUUACUCUAAAAGACGUCCUCCGAAAGCAGGAUGAGUACCAUAUGCUUCACUUGGUCUGCCCCUCGCCGACUCCCCCCAGCUCCCCCAGCCCCGCCCGCAGACACAUAAACAAGCCUCAGGGGAAUGCAGCAGGACCUGCAGUCACUCAGACUCCUAGUCCUUCCUCCCCCGGCCAAUCAGAGGACAGCGGUGACGGACUCGGACAACAAGCUGGACCUUUCCCUUACCACCAGUUGCAGCAACAACUUAUUCACAGCUGGAGCAUGUCGACCCCUCCGGCAAAUGUGACCUCCUAUUACAACCACAUGACGCUAAUGUGGUGGCAGCAGCUGUAUGCUCGGCAGUACCCCCUGCACUACAGUCAGUUUCUGGCCGCCUCCGCCUCCUCCUCCCAAAACCUUAGGCCACCACACCUGCCCAGGAAUCCCCCCGUCUCCCAGGCGGACCCGCAGAACCGGCGACCCCCGGCGGAUCGCCGCGGCAACCCCGAAGUGGAGAUGAACGCCCAAGGAGGGGAGAUCCUGAAUGAGGAGGAGCUAAACCGGGAUUGGCUGGACUGGGUGUACACCUUCUCGCGGGCCGCCAUCUUGCUCAGCAUCGUGUACUUCUACUCCUCCUUCAGCCGCUUUCUCAUGGUGAUGACGGCCAUGCUGGUGCUUUACCUGCACCAGGCCGGCUGGUUUCCCUUCAACUUAGAAAACGAACUCCAGCUUCCUGGAGACGGAGCCAAUCAGGAGGAGAUGGAGGCGGAGCUCCCGAACAAUGACCCCCACGAAAUGGAACAAGUGGUGGAUGACAGCUCUGAUGAUGAAGAAGCAGAAAGCGGAGAGGAAGGAGCUGAAGGUCCAAACAGCAACGCCCCCCAAACAGGCUUCCUGUCCUCCACGUGGUCGUUUAUCAUCACCUUCUUCAUGUCGCUCAUUCCGGAGGGUCCGCAGAACGCUGCCAACUGAGCCAAAACAUUCUUUAGCAGUGUCAAAAGUCGUGUGUUCGGUGUCGAGCGUUCCUUUUUCCUCCCGUGUUUGAAACUAAAGAACGGCAAAGAUGUGUUGGAUUGUUGCCACGUUAGCUCAGUGCGACGUCGCAUCGUCUCAAAGGUGUUCGAUAGGGUUGAGCACUGCAGUUGCUAACAUCACCAAUCAAGGUUAGCGGAUGGAAUCAUUUCUUUGUGGGUUUUUCAAAGUGUGCCGUUUCAAUUGUGUACGUGUGACGCUAAUUGAGGUGUAAGACUCUAUUCCAUAUAGAAGGGUUACGUAUUUCAGAUCAAAUUAUUAUCAAUGUUUAAUCUACAUUAUGGUAAUAGGAUGUGCUCCUCUCGGUUUCUGUCCAGAUUUUCAAAUUAAGGGUCAACACGAACACAAAUAGUGACUUAACAUUGGGGGCAUGGGGUGUGUGACGCCCUCCAUCCCUAAAAACACAUUUAAAUGGAUUACGAGGCUGCUUUGGAAGUAAAAUGUUGAUUUACAGUAAA